AUGAAUAAUGGAAAAAACUUAAUUGUAGGUGAUAAAAGUGGAGAUAUUUAUUUAUUAGAUUGUAUUUUAAAUAAUGUAAGGGAUUUGAAAACUGAAGAUAAAUAAUUGUACACUGAAUUAACUAAAUGUUGUAUUGAAACAAAUAUUGAAAAUUUAAUUGAUUUAUCUCCUAGUCCAAAUGAUAAAAAGAUAGUUAUUGCUGGAGAAAAAGAAUUACAUAUAUUAGAUGUUGAUUCAGCAAAAAAAGAAAUAGAUUUAGAAAAUGUUUCAAGAGAAAUUACUUCAUGUGAUUGGAAUCCUUAAAAAGCACUUAUUUUAAGUACAGAUGAUAGUUAUAAAAUUAGACUUUGGGAUCCCCGUGUUUUUGAAAGUUUAGCAGAAAUAUCUUCACAUAAUUAACCUGUAACUACUGGUAAAUGGCAUUAAAAUGGAACCUAUUUUAUUACAGGUGGAAAAGAUCAUGCUGUUAAAUUAUUUGAUAUAAGAAAAUUAGAAAAACCAUCUAAUGAAUUUAGUUGCUAUAGUGAAAUUACUUGCAUUAAAUGGAAUCCUAUGCUUUCUAAUAUUUUUGUUACAGGAGAUAAUUAAGGGAAUAUUUUACAUUUUAGUGUUCAUGAAAAUUCUCAUAUUGAUUAAAUUUGCUGUGAUGAUAAAGUUAUUGAUAUUGAUUUUCAUCCUUUAGGAAAUAUUAUGUGCUUUAUUGAUAAUAAAAAAGUUUUAAAA